GGGGGGCAGAUGUAAGGCAGCCUUGCCCCAAAGCCGGGCCAGGUUGGAGUUGUCGCCCCAGACCUCUGGAGGGCUACAGGUUGGGCAAGGCUGCCGUGGGGGUUGAUGAGAGAAGGCCCUUUGGGGGGCACCACGGAAGGGAGGCAGAAUCCGGCUCAGAGAAAAGAGCCGCAGCUUGGAGCUUUCAGUGUAUGCGGCGGCUGCACACGGUGUACCAGACAGUAGACUUGCCGGAGACUCACCAGAUGCUUCACCAGACGUGCCGGGACUUUGCUGAAAAGGAGCUGGCCCCCAUGGCUGCUCAGUUAGACAAGGAGCACCGCUUUCCUGCAGAACAGGUCAAGAAAAUGGGGAGUCUUGGACUUCUAGCAAUGGAUGUACCUGAGAAGUACGGAGGAGCCGGCCUUGAUUAUUUGGCAUAUUCCAUCGCCGUGGAGGAGAUCAGCCGGGGCUGUGCAUCCACCGGCGUGAUCAUGAGCGUCAAUAACUCUCUCUAUUUAGGACCAAUUUUGAAGUUUGGGUCUGAAGAGCAGAAGCAGAAGUGGAUUGCACCCUUCACCACUGGGGAGAAGAUAGGGUGCUUUGCCCUUAGCGAACCAGGGAACGGCAGCGAUGCUGGAGCGGCUUCGACGGUCGCCCGGCUCGUUGGCGAUGAGUGGGUCUUGAACGGCACCAAAGCGUGGAUCACCAAUGCCUGGGAUGCCUCUGCGACUGUGGUGUUUGCCACCACCAACAAGUCCCUGAAACACAAGGGCAUUAGCGCCUUCCUUGUUCCCAUGCCAACCCCUGGCCUGUCUCUGGGGAAGAAAGAAGACAAGUUGGGGAUCAGAGCAUCCUCGACUGCUAACCUGAUCUUUGAGGACUGCCGCGUUCCCAAGGCCAGCCUCCUCGGGGACCAGGGCAUGGGCUUCAAAAUUGCCAUGCAAACCCUGGACUCUGGCCGGAUUGGAAUUGCCUCCCAGGCAUUAGGAAUCGCCCAGGCAGCUUUAGAUUGUGCUGUGGACUACGCGGAGAAGAGGCUGGCUUUUGGCUCCCCCAUCACUAAGCUGCAGGCCAUUCAGUUUAAGCUGGCCGACAUGGUGCUAGCCCUGGAGAGUGCCCGUCUACUGACAUGGAGAGCUGCCAUGUUGAAGGACAACGGGAAGCCCUACACCAAGGAAGCUGCAAUGGCCAAGCUGUCCGCAUCAGAGGCUGCAACUUCCAUUUCCCAUCAGGCUAUCCAGAUCCUGGGCGGCAUGGGCUACGUGACAGAGAUGCCAGCAGAACGCCACUAUCGCGAUGCUCGGAUUACAGAGAUCUACGAGGGAACCAGUGAGAUACAAAGGCUGGUCAUUGCAGGGCAGCUGCUGAAAGCUUAUCGAGGUUGAAGGGGGGAGUUGUAUUCCCAUGCCUCCUACCUGCAUUUCUUGCAAAUACAUGUGUGAAUAGAGAUGAGAGACCCCCAGAGGAUGAGACAAGCCCCACUGACCAGUUUGGAUUGAGACCUGUAGGAGACAGUUGCUGUCAUGCCACCCUCCCUGCCCUGUGCCUUUAAGCUGAGGGUGCCGACCUGCAGCAUCCAGUAGGAGUGUUCUCUGCUCACUGUUCAAGUCUCUUACAGAAGCUGCAGGUUUACCAGGAGGAGAGUCUUUUACAACAGGAACAAACUGCCCUCUGCUGUUCAAGUGCUUUACACAGAUACAUGCAAUGAAUACGUCACACUACCAACGGUUUGAUUUCCUCCCCCCUCUCCUUUGCCCUAUAGCCUCAGGAGGUCUUCAAUGAAUGGUUAAAACAAUUCUUGCAGCAGAAAGCAGAUGGCGCUCAGGAAAACAGCUCUAUUCUAUGUAGAACAGGGCAAAUGAGAAAUGUUCCCCAGCAUCCACUACUGUCAAGCAGGUGUAACGGCACACACCAGAAUAAUCAUCUGGAAGAGUAACAAGUAUUGCACUGGAACAUCCAAUCUAUGACUAUGCUGAUUUUAGUUAGUAGCUGCAUCUUGUAAACUCACAGCUGCUCAGACCCAGUUGGCUUCUGCUCUCCUAUCCUCUCAGAGAUGCAAAUGCCAUAGGGCAGAAAUUGAGAGGCCAGUGUUCCUUUUUCUCACACAGUAAGGAACCCUUUAGCAAUGUUCUGCUGGCCUCUCAAUGUGCAUCUAGUGAAGACCACUCCCUCCACUCCCUGUCCCUGAUUUCUGAAAUAAAUGUUCAGAAUAACAA